AUGGCAGUAGUCCCACCUAGUGAAAAUGUUCAAACCCCUCAAUCAAGCCAGAGUCCUGCAUGCCGACCAGGACCAUCAAAUGGAUGCCAGCCGACAGCAAGUAACUCGGAUGAUGAACACAUGUCAGCUAGUCAAGUUCAAAAGAAAUAUGAAGGUCUACAAAAUCGAUUGGAAAAUGCCAAGAAGAUCGUGAAACAAAAGUGUGAUGAGUAUCAUAAACUCAAAAAUGAACUCAAGUCGCAACAAGCCAUUGGAAGAUCAGGUUUAACUUCGGGAUUGGCCAAACUUGUACCAAAUCCCAUCAAAAACAAGUUUGGUAUGUGCGAACUAAUUGAAGAAAGAAUUAGGGAGCUUAAGCAAGCUUAUGGCAUUGGACUCGUGGGAAAGCUGUACAAGUUCAAAAAGCAAUUCAAAAACUAG